UGCGGGGGUUUUUUCGGCGGUGAAUGAAGUCAAAUACGUAAGUUGAAGUUGAAGCGGAACCUUUAAGGAGGCGGUUGGAGGUAACACACAGAGGAAACAGCCAUUAGGUAUAUCGAGUGUCCUCACCAAAACACCUCUUUAUUAAACCAGUAGACUCAGUUUUUGUAUUAAAUCAGUUUAUUUGAUUGAAAAACAAGCCAACAAACAUGCUCAUCAAAGUGAAGACACUCACAGGCAAGGAGAUAGAGAUCGACAUAGAGCCCACAGAUAAGGUGGAGCGCAUCAAAGAAAGGGUGGAGGAGAAAGAAGGCAUCCCUCCACAGCAGCAGAGGUUGAUCUACAGUGGGAAACAGAUGAACGAUGAGAAAACAGCGGCAGACUACAAAAUCCAGGGCGGCUCUGUUCUCCAUCUGGUUCUUGCUCUGCGAGGAGGAGGCGGAGUAGGAGGAGGUGGAGGAGGACGGGCGCCCCGCUCUCCCAGAAGCCUCCACUUCGAGCCUGCGUUGUAGCCGUCGCUCGGAAAAAACAUGCCUUAGCUUCUUUUGUGAUGCCUACACUGAGCGGUUGCACCCACCUCGCCUCACCUCCCGGGUGGCGUUGUAGGCAACACAGAGCCACUGGUAGAAAGAGUUUGAUCGGUUCUUCUACUCGUGGCAGCCACUUCCCCACAGCUGCAAACACUUCCCCCUCACUGUAACAUUGCCCCGGUGAGACACUCCACAUGUUAAAGCUGCUCUGGCAGAAAAAAAACCAAAGUUACUUUUAGAAUUUGGCUAAAGAUUGAGCUUAUUUGGUCGCUACAGCUGUGCAUGUAAGCACAGAGGUUGUUUUUCGCUGCAGCUUAAAGACGCUUCAAGGAAACUUAUCCUUGGUUUAGUCAUCGCCUUCAGAGUGCGACACAAACGUUUUAUUCUGUUCUCUACAAAUCGCAAAAAUUAAACGAGGCUGCUGGGUGUAUCAACAUAUCAAAACUCUCCGGUGUAGGUCAGCUAGAUGCGUUAAAAAAAAAAAAGAAUAGUUUGACAUUUUGGAGAAUAUGUUUCGAUUUCUGGCUGAAAGUUCGAUGAGACGACGGACGCCACUUUCAUAUUUUUCUUAAAAUAAGACAAUAGCUGGCAGCCGUCGCUUAGCACAAAGACUCAAAACGGAGGGAAACCGCUCUGCCCGACAGAAACAAAACCUUCCUACCAGCACCUGUAAACCUCUGGAUGUGAAUCUACCCCCAAAAAACAAGUUUAAAACAACAAAUUUGAGCUUUUUUUUUUGGAGGUUUAUGUGCUUGACUGUUUCCUUUCUCUGAGCAGUUGCGAGGGAACCAAGUUAGUUACUGGCUGAAACCAAGAAGUAGUCUAGUACAUAACCCUUUGUAAUUGUGAUUUCUACACGUAUAAUGUGUUCAUCAGUCGGCUUUAGAGACAGUCAGGUGGAUUUUGUUACUGUUGGACAGAGAGUCUUAUUGUGGCUUCUCAUCUAACUCUCUGCCGUAAAGUAAAUUAGAGUAUUUCCUAAAAUGUGGAACUAUUCCAAUAAGGGAAAAGUUUCGUGCCCGUUAAAAACUUCCUGCCACUAAUCCUAAAUCCUAAAUCAUGUACCGUAAGUAUGCAUCAUAAGUAGACUGAGUGUGUCCAUUGAGUAGGAUGAUGUUUUAUAUCAUUUCAUAUGAAUUGAAUGUGUUUUUUUGUUUUGUGCUGAUUGCACGUUUUACUGCUAAGAAGACUAAGGAAGGUGCCGGUGAUGGUCUUGUCUUGACGGCGGUUUCAGUUUACAUGGAUACUGUUGAGUUUGUUUGUAUGUUCGGAGAUGCAAUCUUCCCACUGCUGCCCUCUUAGUGUGCACAGGAAUGACCCAUGCUGUGGAUCAGUUUGUCAGAAGAAUAAACUCAUGUUGAAAAAUGCCAUUCUUUGUCGUUUGAAAAAUUUGGCUGUACAAAGGAGUCGCUAAAACACUCACGUGUAUUUUUUCUAUUUUUUAUUCUUGUCACGCACUCACCACCAAUAUGUACAUUUACAUUUUUUAAACACAAAAAUAGAAGUUCCAGAGACACGUCGGUCAAAGAAUGCCUCUAGGUACGGUAGGUAGAACGCAAACAGCAACUUAAAUUAGAGACCAACGUGUACACAAAAUGAUUUAGAAAUAACAUUACCAUCAGGAAGAUUGUAGCAAGAUGAUGUAUUUCUAGGAGAAGAUUUACCAGUACAACAUAAAAACAUGUUUCCACCACUCUGAAGGCCAGUUUUGGUUUGAAUUAAAGCAAGAGGAGAAGGCGGCAGCUUGUCAGAGAGCCUCGAGCAGCAGGAAAGUCCAAAACAAAAUCAGUUUCUUCAGACUUUUAGCAAGCAUGAUUCGAUUUGAACAUUUCACUGAAGUUGCUGUCUGCACAGGUUGCACAUAAAGCUGCAGCAUAUUCAGGCCUCAUUUAUGUUAUGUGUUAAAGGUGUGAAAUUCAGUUAAUAUGUUAGAAAUUAAAGAAUUUAAUCACUUUUUUUUUUUUACAUGAUCACAUAAAGAUAUAUAUUUAAAUAUAAAUGAGGCCCUGAAUUACAAAUUCAAACAUUAGUCAGUGGUUUUUUUUUUAUUUACUAAGAGACAAUAUACAGUCUGUCAUGACAUCUGUGUAUACUGGAAAUACACAAUAACCGUACAGGCACAAAACACAAUCAUUGUACUUGUAAAGACAUCCAAGACACCCUGUUCCCCCUUACAGUUAACAAGAGAAACAUACACGAUACUGGCUUAACUUUAACCAUACUUUCUCGGUAGUUAUAUUUAUUCAUGCAUGUCUGCGAAUGCCUGUUCCUUUUGAUAGCUUGUAAGAUCCUGAGGAAAUAAAUCUCUAAAAGCACCAGUACAGGCAUUUUUAGCAAAGAUCGGUUGAGUUUUAGGCAGUGUCUGUAUGGAGAAGGCAGUGGGGAUGCCCUGAGAGACUAAUAGAUUAUAGAAAGACCGAAGGUACAAGAGUACACAAUGUGUGCGUUCAUGUAUGCAAGAGUGUUGUUACUAUAAUAUACAGCAUAAGUAUAGAUACAUAACUAUUACCAGACGACAUAGAAUGGGUUCACUUGGGUGCGUGUUCUUUGCUGGUGCCUGUACUAAUAUUGCACUAAAAUCUCUUCUAGUGAAUUGCAUGAAUCAAAAAUAUUUUUUUAAUAUAUUUUUUUUAUGCAAAGCUCUUAUUUCUACAUCCUAAAUAAAAGAACAAAAAAAAAAAAGCUGGAUGGUAAGCUACAAAAAUAUUUUCUGCCAUAAAACACAGGCAUUCACGUGUGUCGGUGUAGGAAUCCAUCAUGUAUCUAUCUGUUUAUCCUUUCUAGUCAUCUACCGUAUGUCCAUGCUGGACUUGCAGUUAUAAUGGGUUGUUUAUCUGUGUAGUGUCCAUACAUAAAAAAAAAAAAAAAAUCCAUAACUGACACUGUUUCUUCCAUAAACGUUAAAAACAUCACGAAGGAGCUGCAGCGGCACCCAAA